UCAUUAUCGUCGCGCGCGGCGGCGGGCGCGGGCAGAGGCGAGCAGGUGCCGGCGAUGGCGGGUCGCGCCCAGCCCAGCGGCCCCGCGGGCAGCGGCGGCGCCCGCGGCCUCCUCCCGCUCCUCCUGCUGCUGCUCUCCGCCGCCGCCAUCAUCCCCAGAGGCGACGGCCAGAAUCUGGUUACUGAAGACGUGACGGUGGUGGAGGGAGACGUCGCCACCAUCAGCUGCCGCGUCAAGAACAGCGACGACUCGGUGAUUCAGCUCCUGAACCCCAACAGGCAAACGAUUUAUUUCCGCGAUUUCAGGCCGCUGAAGGACAGCAGGUUCCAGCUGGUGAACUUCUCCAACAGCGAGCUCCGCGUCUCUUUGACGAACGUCUCCAUUUCUGAUGAGGGAAGGUACUUCUGCCAGCUCUACACUGAUCCCCCCCAGGAAAUUUAUACCACCAUUACAGUGCUCGUCCCGCCACGCAAUUUGGUAAUUGAUAUCCAGAAAGAAAUCGCCGUCGAGGGAGAAGAGAUUGAGCUGAACUGCACUGCCAUGGCCAGCAGACCAGCCACCACCAUCCGAUGGUUCAAAGGAAACAAGGAGCUAACCGGCAAGUCGGAGGUGGAGCAGUGGUCCGACAUGUACACGGUGACCAGCCAGCUGGUGCUGAAGGUGGGACGGGAGGACGACGGCGUCCCUGUCAUCUGCCUGGUGGAUCACCCUGCCGUCAAAGACUUGCAGACGCAGCGUUACCUAGAAGUCAUGUAUAAGCCUCAAGUGCGGGUCUCUCAGAAUUACCCGGUGCAAGGCCUCACGAGAGAAGGGGAGCCGCUGGAGCUGACCUGCGCAGCCUUUGGAAAGCCACAGCCUACGGACAUGAGGUGGUUAAGAGUAGAUGAUGAGAUGCCUCAACACGUUGUAGUGUCUGGUUCAAACCUUCUCAUUAGUAACCUAAACAAAACAGAUAAUGGUACAUACCGCUGUGAGGCUUCAAACGCGGUGGGGAAAUCACAUGCGGAUUACAUGCUGUUUGUAUACGAUCCCCCCACAACUAUCCCUCCUCCCACAACAACCACCACCACUACCACCACCAUCCCUACCACCAUCACAGACACAACGGCGACGACAGAACCGGCAGUUCACGGCUUUACUCAGUUGCCCAAUUCGGCAGAGGAGCUGGACUAUGGGGAUCUCUCAGGUACUCCUGUCCCGCUAAACGCGUCGCCGGAGGCUCUGCCAACUGUGCAAUUAAGUAAUGCAUCCCUUGCCUUCCGCCCAGAUUCUCGUGCAGGUGAGGAAGGGGCCAUUCGGAGCGUGGACCAUGCGGUGGUUGGUGGCGUCGUGGCCGUGGUCGUGUUUGCGAUGCUUUGCCUGCUCAUCAUUUUAGGGCGAUAUUUUGCCAGACAUAAAGGUACGUACUUCACUCACGAAGCCAAAGGAGCAGACGAUGCGGCCGACGCAGACACAGCCAUCAUCAACGCAGAGGGAGGACAGAACAACUCCGAAGAAAAGAAAGAGUACUUCAUCUAGAGCAGCCUUGGUUUCUAUGAGGUGUCCAACCGUGGACGGUUACUACUGGCCCUAUUUAAACGCUAAAGAGACAGUGAUAUCAGAAGUUGCGACCAGCUUGUGUCUUUUUUUUUAACGAAAAAAAAAAGCAAAUGGGUGGAGAGCGGUGAGGCUGGGAGGGUCUGGGAUUUGCUGUGUAAAAAUAUUCCUCGUAAAGUACACUCUGCUGUUCGACACCUCAGUUCGUUUGGGUUUUCUUUUUUUGGCCAAGUCCAGCUUGGAUUUAGUUUAGUGAAGUCAUUUGCAGAAGAUUCUGUGCCUUGUUUAAUUUCUGUUCGUGGGGGUCGGGGGGAGGCUGGGAAGAAGAGGGGCUUCUGUGCGUUAGUUCCCUUCGGGUUUCUGUGGCUCUUCGUUUCCCCGUUCCCGGUCCCUUUCUGGAGUUGCCUGCUGGGACCCCUUGGAGUAGGUGGCUUUCUCUGAAGGUGUUUCUCUUUCUUUUUCUCUUCACCGUUUCCGUUCCGAACUCGAGCUCAUCGGAGGAGAACCAGCACAUUUUAGAUUUCGUAGUUCGCAGUUCAGUGUGCCCAUCUCCCAUCCCCCUCUAUCGUCCUCAAGGCUCGGAUAACCGAACGACGAGAACCCCUUGGUGGCUGCCCGUGUUCCAGGUGCCUGCCGCGCUGGCGACCAGGAAAGGGGCUGGAGCUCGGCAAAGGCGCUGCUCGGCCGCGGGGAAGCGGGACGGGGGGUUUCCCCCCGGAGGGAUGCUGAGCCCAUCUCCCCGCCGUGCCGGGGACCGCUGCGUCCCGCUGCCGGGGGCCGGAGGAGGCAGAGCCCCCAGCUCCAGCCGUCCUCUCCCGUCCCGCCGCGGCCACGGGUGACGCGUCCCCCCCAGCGCUGGAGCCGAGCAGCCGGACCAGCCAAACUGCCUUUUCUCUACCCGCUCAGUCAAACGUGGGAAUUGGCGUUAAAACGCCAGUGCUAACUGACUUACAAAGCCAUAGGUGAAAAGGAGAACGUAGGUAAAUUAGAAUCCGCAGUGACAGGUAGCCGACCGCAGUGAGAAGACGGUAUUAAAAUUAUAUAUGCUGAAUUUGGGUUUUUUUUGGUGAGUAAUCUUGGAUUUUGAGCGGUACUUUUUUUUACUGUGUUUAUGUGGAAGGUGUAUGCUGAUUUAUUUAAGGGAAACAUUAAUCUUAGCAUCAGGUUGGGGUUUUUUUUAGGGGUUUCGGGGGAAGCGUUUUCGUGCGUUUUGGUUUUUCGUUUGGUUUUUUUUUUUUCCAAUUGUUGUUCUUGGCAGAACCAUUACAAUGCGGGAGUCCUUUGGGAACGGGAUGGCCUGACGGCAGAGCGCGAGUCCAUUCUCCGGCAGUCUUCUGUCUUUCCCCUUUUCACGAGAAGAACCUCGCCGAAACACCCUUUGUUUUUUCCCCGAGCAGAUUUUGUCGAGCGCAGCUCUUUUCUGAGCCUUCAGCCCCAUUGCCACCCCGGUCCCGGCGAGAAGCCGCCGGCGCGGGGGGGCCGGGGGGCUUUUAGGGUGCAAACAUGCGCGGGGGCGGGAUCGGCAGCCUGGUUUGGAGCAGCCCAUCUUUGUUUUGGAAGUGUACAGUAGUGCAGUGUUACCGAUGUAACUUUGACUUACAAUGUUGACAUGUCUCAGGUUCAUGUGUUUUGAUUGGUGUUUUCCGUCUCAGGUAGAUUGCAAAAUUUCGGCCCCACACAUUGGAAAAAAAAAAAAAAAAAAAAAAGAAAAA